GCCUGAUGCGGCAGGGUAGACUGAGGCGCUGCUGCUGGAUGCUGUCACUGUUUCCGGUGCUCACUCAGUGCGGGACUGACCUGCCUCAUACCGGUCUGGACCGGUCUUGGCUGUGUGGGAAGGGAAGAGCCGUGUAUGUGGACAUCAUAGCAGGGGCCCCAGCACCAUGACCACUUCUCAAGUCACCUUCCAAGUCCGGGGCUCCACAGACCCAGAUGAAGUCAUUGCACUCUGUGGGAGCUGUCCUACUUUUGGUGCCUGGAAACCCCAAAAUGCUAUCAUUUUAGUACAGGAUGCUAAUGAUUGUAUGGUCUGGAAAAUUAAUGUUACACUCCCCAGAGGAAUCAAACUACAGUAUCGCUAUUUCAAGGGCACUUUUCUGGAACCAAGGAAUAAAAGAGAGUCAUGCCAAGUCAUAGUUCACAAGUGGGAGACUCAUCUACAGCCACGGUCAAUAAAGCCUUUAGAAGAAGAAUUGCACAGAGAUGAUGGAGAAUUUGGAAUCUACAAUGGCGUUGAAACUGUGGAUUCCGGAUGGCUGACAUGUCAGACUGAGCUUAGAUUACGUCUACAUUAUUCUGAAAAACAGCCUGUUUCUAUAUCCAAGAAAAAAUUUAAAAAGUCUAGGUUUAGGGUGAAGCUAACAUUUGGAGGCCCUGAAGAGGAGGACGAAGAUGAAGAGCCAGAUAAACCCUCUCCAAUUAUACUCCCAACAAUGGCUAACUCAUUUGAAAUCUCCUUAAUAAGCAAUACUGAAUUUGUGUCUCGGUACUCACAGCCCGAAUGUGGUUAUGCACUCCAGCCUGACCGAUGGACGGAAUUCAGUGUACAUACAAUGGAGCCUGAUAACUUGGAACUGCUUUUUGACUUUUUUGAAGAAGAUCUGAGCGAGGCUGUGGUGCAAGGUGAUACACUCCCUGGACAUGUGGGCACAGCCUGUCUCUUGUCAUCCACCCUUAUGGAGACCGGGAAAAGUAAUGGCGUUAUCACACUCCCUAUCAUGAGUAGGAAUGCCAGGCAGACUCUUGGGAAAGUUAGAGUUGACUGUCUUGUCAUAAAGCCAAUACAAGGCUAUUCAUGUGACAUGACCAGCUCUUUUAGCAAGUACUGGAAGCCACGAACACCACUUGAUGUUGGACAUAGAGGUGCUGGCAACUCUACCACGACUGCCAAGAUGGCCAAAAUCCAAGAAAACACUGUGGCCUCGUUAAAAAGCGCUGCCAGCCAUGGUGCUGCUUUUGUUGAGUUUGAUGUUCAUCUUUCCAGGGAUCUUGUUCCAGUUAUCUACCAUGAUCUUACAUGCUGUAUAUCUAUGAAAAAGAAAGCUAAUGCUGCGUCUGUAGAGCUGUUUGAGAUUCCUGUGAAGGACCUUUCAUAUGAUCAGCUUCAGCUAUUAAAGCUGGCUCAUGUCACUGCCCUAAAGUCAGAAAAACAUCAUGACUCCACUGAUGACGAAUGCUCUGUAUCUGAUGAUCAGCCCUUUCCUUCCCUUCACACGGUACUAGAGUCCGUGCCUGAAGAUGUAGGGUUCAAUAUAGAAAUCAAGUGGAUUUGCCAAGAAAAGAGCGGAAAAUGGGAUGGAAAUUUGUCAACUUACUUUGACAUGAACCUUUUUCUGGAUAUUAUUCUGAAGACUAUCUUGGAAAAUGCCGGCAGUCGAAGAAUUGUGUUCUCGUCUUUCGAUGCAGAUAUUUGCACAGUGGUUCGCCGUAAACAAAACAGAUAUCCUAUACUUUUCCUGACACAAGGAGAAUCUGAAAUCUAUCCAGAGCUCAUGGAUCUCAGGUCUCGCUCCACUCCUUUUGCAACGAGUUUUGCUCAAUUUGAGAACAUCUUGGGAAUAAAUGUCCAUACAGAAGAUCUGCUGAAAAAUCCACAUUAUAUUCGGGAAGCUAAGUCCAAGGGCUUAGUUAUAUUUUGCUGGGGGGAUGAUACAAAUGACCCUGAGAAUCGGAAACUCAUGAGAGAGUAUGGCAUUAAUGGACUCGUCUAUGACAGGAUCUGCGACUGGAACCCAGAACAACCAAACAUAUUCAAAGUUGAACAAAUGGAGCGUCUUAAGCGGGAGCUACCUGCUGAAAUGCUGCAGAGCUGCCUCUGCCCGGUGGUCAACCACUUUGUCUGUACCGCAACAAGCUGCACAAACGGCAGCAAGCGACUGGAAUCCAAUGGUGUCAUUAACCACCAGCCAGUUUAAUGUCUCGCUCGCUCAUUCUACUGACAUCUCAGGGGCCACAUCAUCUUGUGCUAGCAAAGCAAUAGCAUAGCCAUUUCCCGCCUGCUGUCUGUGUAUUUUCUUGGCUAGAUUUAGUUGUCAUUUCAUUGUAAAAAAAAUAAUAAUAAUAAUAAUGUACAGUAAGACCUGUCCUCAGUAGAGAUGAGUGAAUUUCAUAUUUUGAAAUUCGUUCACGAUUCGUUUGGUGGUAGAAGCAGAAUUGCGUUAUGGAUUCCGUUACCACGGACCAGAACGAAAUUCUGUGACGGAAUGCAUAUCGGAUCCAUCCCGUUAUGCAGGGGCAUAACUGAAAUGGGACGGAUCAAUUAUGCAGCCCAUAGACUUCUAUUAUGAUGGAAGAAUUGCGUUAUGGUCCGUGGUAAAGGAAUCCUUAACGCAAUUCUGCUUUUACCACGAAACGAAGUGUGAAUUAAUUUCUAAAUCAAAAAAUUCACUCAUCUCUAGUCAUCAGUGCAAGCAAUGUCCUGAUGCUCAAGUUUUGUGCAGUGUAAAAUGCCGCCAUGUCACCAUAGUACCUCAGCAGGGAAGGGUUUGCAUUUUCCUUCAAGUGUAAUAUCCAUCCUUUGCACAGCCGUUCUCAGUGUGCUUGUUAGAGAUGAGCGAAUUUCUUGUUAUGAAAUUCGCUUGGUGGUAAAAGCAGAAUUGCGUUAUGGAUUCCGUUGCCGCAGACCAUAAUGCAAUUCUGACGGAAUCCCUUUAGAGGCAUUCUGUUAUUCUUUCCGUCAUAAUAGAAGUCUAUGGCCUGCAUAACGGAUCCGUCCCGUUUCCGAUGUGCAGGAAAGAACUCCUGCACCAAAACAAAGUGUGAACGAAUUAAAAAAUAUGAAAUUCGAUCAUCUCUACGUCUAAUCCCUGUACUGUAUUUAUAAUUAUUUCUGCCCAUUUAAUGGAUUACCUCAGUUGCAGAAUUUUGCACGGCUCAAUGCAGUGGUACAAUACAAUGUGUCAUUGCGUUCCAGUCCUUUUUUUCUUUUUUUUUUUUUUUUUUUUUUUCCUUUAAUGGUAGGAUUAUCAUGAUGUUCACUAAGCCAUUGUAUCCUAGUAGUAUAGACACAUUGGUGAUUUUUCUUUUCUACGUGUAUGCCUGCUUGCAUUGUGCCCGGUCAGAUGAACAGAUUAUGGUAGGUCUUAGCUGUUCUUGGGGAAUUUAGUAUGAUGAGGCAGACACUCACUGCUCACACAUCUGUAAUAUUAGUAUGAGGUAUGAAACCCUUGUGUGCAUUUAUAGCCGAUAGGUCUGGGUUGCACGCAUAUUAACUUAGGAUGUUUUUAACCUAUUUGCUGGGGGAGGGAAGAAACGUAGAUAAUGUAUUCAAACAAUGCUUGCUCUACCUGCUGCAAGCACAGAGAUGAAUCAUGGUGCUUAUACAUUUUCCAAAAGCCGAUAUGUACAGUAUGUAUGUGUGUGUGUGUAUAUGUAUAUAUAUGUAUAUAUGUAUAUAUAUAUAUAUAUAUAUAUAUAUAUAUAUAUAUAUAUAUAUUUGUGUGAGUUUCUUAGAAAUUAUGUGCUAGAUGCAGCAAUCGCCUUGUGGAUCAGCAGUUUCCAUAAGGGGGAACACUAAGCAUGCCCGCCAUGGACUGUUCCUGCACCCGCUGCAGGUUUUCCAUACAGUCACCACACCUCUGGAAUGUAGCUUUGUCUUUAGCACAAGCAGUCUUUUAAUGUACAUGUAGACAGAAUUGUCCACCUUGUAGGUAGAUGUUAGCACGGUUCUAAACGUGCACCCUGAUGGAGUUAUGCAUACUGCCUAUACAAUGAAGUCAGCUGUUUGUUUCCUAGUAGUCAUGUAGGUGAUGACAUACUGAAAGUGGAAGAAACUAUAUUUUUUUCCCCUUUUAUACACUGGCUGCCUUGGUACACAGUAGGUAUGCAUACUGAUGAUGAAUUCUGGCUCACCGCACAAUCCAGACAUAUGCAUUAUACAAACUGUAUUCCCGCUGACACCAGUCAGUCGCCAUGUCUAUAGUGCACUAAUGUUUCAGUGUGCCUUUUGUGCAUAAAAAGGACUAUACUUCUACCAAAUACCCCUCACCUGGUGUUUGUGCUGGGGGGAAUGUAAGCAGCAGUGUCUGUACAAGGUGCAGUUCAUGAAGCCUGUAUUGUACAAAAUACUUUACUCUGGGGAAAGGUCUGUUCUGCUUGGUUUCCUUUGCUCCUUCAAAGUCAAUAGAAUCAUUACCUAGUUGAUCUGUCACAUCAGUCAUGGGUCUUGUGAUAACUGAAGCCAUGAUCCCAGUGUGAACAGAGCUGUUCUCCUCCACACCAUAAAAAUGUAAGUUGUCUUUGUUCCAAGGGAACUUGUCACAUUGCAGAUGCAGUCCAAUCUGCAGGCAGCACGUUCUAGAGCAGGAGGAGCUGAGCAGAUUGGUAUAUAGGUUUGUAGGAUACGAUCCAGUGUAGCUAGCAUUGAUUGAAAGCUCUGCUCUUCUUGGCUUAGGAGUCCAGUGGGCGGUCCUACUCAGUGACUGACCGUUUUUCCUGUGAAAGUGUACAUACAGAGAUAGCUGUCAGUCAGGGAUAGGGUUUACCUCUGGUCUCCAAAACCCAGAAGUAGAGGUUUAAAUGAAUACAUUCCUACCCACUAAACGAUAUAUCAGUCUGCUCAGCUCCUCCUGUUCUAUAACAUAAUGCUUGCAGAUCAAGCUGCAUUUUCAAUAUGACUGGUUCCCUUUAAGCUUUUAAUCGCCAACAUACAAUGUGCCAAAAGCACUGAAAAUCUAUUAGCAGGUGGACAACGGUAACCUAUCUGUACUGCCUCCAAAUAAAGGCUAAGACAAGACAUGAAUUGACAAUGACACUGUAAUGUAUUAGCUACUUUGAAAUCCCCUUUUUGUGCUUCCACUUAAGUCUUAGGGGGGAAUGCAUUCUAACCGGUAGAAGACUUUGUCAGUGUGGGGAGUCUGAGCCGUCUGAGUGGGUGAGAAGUACCCUCUUUUGAGUAAUAACGUUGGCUUUGUAUGCCUCAUUCCAUUUAAAUGACAUUGCCUCCACACAUCUGUAAAGUUUCAUACUUGACCAUUGAAAUCCAUAUACUCCCCGUUUCUGGGGGUUGAUCUCAAUUAUUCAGGAGUUGUGGUGAUUUUUUUUUUUUACAAUUCAGUCAGGUGCUUGCACCGCCUCCUGGUAUCUAUUAGUAUUGGUGAUGUAUCGCGUACCUUUUAUUUAUUAUACUUACUCCAAUGCAUGUGUCUGCAUCGCUGCUGAUUUUCUUUCUUCGUAGAGUGUCAUUGUUAGUGUGUACUUUCUACUUAAUAAAGUCUCUUCACCCGCA